CCCCCCACGCUGCACAUGGUGCUCGAGGCGCUGCAGGCGCAGGACGGGAAGAAGGGCGCCUCAGUCGUCGCCAUUAAGCGCUUCAUCCUGGCCAAGUACCCCACGGUGGACCCCGUGCGCCUCAAGUAUCUGCUGAAGCGGGCGCUGGCGACGGGGCUGAGCCGCGGCUUCCUGGUGCGGCCCCAAAACUCCGCCGCCCUGGGGGCCACGGGGCGCUUCAAGCUCGCUCCCAAGAGGCUGCAGCAGAAACAGGCGCAGGGCCAGGAGGAUCCCGGGGAGGGACCGGCCCCGAAGACCGGACGCAGAGGGGCUGCCGAGGCUGCCCGAGCCCCUGCGGUGGCGCGGAGCGACGGAGGGCAAGGCACUGCCAAGGAGGAGCCGAAAGCAGUGAAGAGGAGGCCGAGGGCAAAGGAUGCAGAUGCCCAGCCGGCGGUGGAGAAGCCCAGGAGUCAUGGAGUGAAGGCCCACCGGGCCGCUGGCAAAGGGCGGCCGCAGCCCCCUGCAGCUCCUGCUGCCAGCGGUGUGCGAGAGGACAGUGCUGACCGCCCUGCUGGGGUGAAGAGACCCAAAAAGGCCCCCGCAGCCAAGAGCAAAGGGAAGGUUCCUGAGGAGGCCCAGGAAGCUGCCUCAAAGAAGGGAGGUAAAGCCAAGGCAAGGAAGCCUCAGGCAGCUCUGGGUGCUGGCCAGGGGGGGAAGGCUGGAGCACAGGAGGCAGCUCCUGGCAGGAAGGUGUCAUAG